AUGCAUGCCCCAAACACUUAUGGGGCCAUCAAGACCAUACUACCACCUCCUCCUUGGCUGCAGGAGUGCUCCCCAUGGGAGCGUGUACCCCAAUACCACAGACCCACUCCGAGGACAUGGCUCCCACGAAGCUUCCAGGCCCUCCCUGCCUUUAUCAAAGGCCAAACACACACAGUGAUCACCUCCUCCCUGCGCCCCAGAGUUUAUCAAGCACCCUCAAAUGGUGCGGAGAUUCCCCCACGCAGCCCCACAAACACGGUGGGGGAGCAGCCUGAGGGGCCGGGCAGGGGAAAGGAGGAGCUCCCCAGGACAGGGAACCCCACCUCGGGGCAACUGGGCUACCCGGGCCGCCUGAGGCCACCACCAUCCAUCCUCACCGUUCGCCGGGAUGAGGAGGCCGGGGAAACCCCACGCCAGGGUGCUACUGCCGCCCGGGCGCGGGGGAGACCCAAGCGGCGGAUCCAACACAACCAGCAACGCCGGUGCGGAACCAACUGGCCACCGAACGGACGGGCUGCACGCCCGGCCACAGGGGCGGCCCCCCGCCCCAGGAACGGCCCAGGACCAUCACCGGCUCCAGGACCUCGCAGCCGGGCCGGGAGCGGCGGCCGCGGGGAGCGCAGAGCCGCCAGAGCGCAUGGGGCUCCCGGAGCCGGGCCUGACCCGGGGCCUGACCCCGAGCCCCCCCAGCUCCUCGCUCGCCCGUCCCGCCGCGCCACGUGGGCCGCCCGCGCCCUACCUGCGGUGCCGCCGCCGCCGCCGAGUGCGGCCGCCCCCGCCCUAACGGGCCCCGCUGGCGGCGGGAUGGGCUUUGGGGCCGAGUGUGCUGGGAGGCCGGCCCGGAUGACACUGCCCGGCGCAGCGGCAGCGCGGGACUUUCCUGAACUUGUCCCACGGGUGGCUCGGCGCAGGAGUUCCACUCGCUAG